AUGAGCAUUGUUGUUAAUGGAUUGAAGGUAGGCAUUGUUGAUAAGAUGAAAGUGAGCAUGAGCAUUGCCAAUAAGAUGAAGAUGAGUAUGAACAUUGUUGAUGAGAUGAAGAUAAGUGUGAACGUUGUUGAUAAGAUGAAGAUGAGUAUGAGCAUUGUUGAUAAGAUGAAGGUGAGCAUGAGCAUUGUUGAUGAGAUGAAGGUAAGCAUGAGUGUUGUUGAUGGAUUGAAGAUAGAUGUUGUUGAUGAGAUGAAGGUGAGAAUAAACAUUGUUAAUGAAAUAAAAGUGAGCAUGAGUGUUGUUGAUAAGAUGAAG